GACAUUUUAGCGGCGGGGCUUCCUUCCAAGUUUGUAGUAUUCAGUGCACCACUUGUCGCCCGCUUGUUGUGUGGAGCUGAACGUCAACCGCCGCGCGCGUCGACAGAAGCAGUCUUUUGCCACAACUGCGCUCAACCUUUCGGUCGCGGACUAGUCGCUGCGGCUUGCGGGAGCACCUCCAGGCCUGCCUUGGGCCUCAGCUGUAUCACCAGCUGAACCAUGUCCUUCUGGCGCUCGGCGGGGUUCAGCGCCGAACAUGCUGCAGUUGAGGAGCGCUCCGAUUCUCAGCUUCACGAGAUAAGCCUGGAUGACCAAGAGGUCUCUACGCCGGCCCCUCACCAGGUCAAGGACAAUUUCCCGCCCGCGGCCAGCAUGCGGCAAGCGAGCACAACCAUGGCGAAAGGUGCCUCUACCGACCUGUCGGACGCUGGAACAAACGGCCGCGACUCAUUUGACGGUGACGUCGACCUGACCGGCACUAGCCCCGCUUCCUCCACCAUCAGCACCCUGUUUGCGCCCAGCUUGUACGGCACCUCGCCCGACACGCCCCUGCCGGCGCUGCACAACUUCAUGCCUGCAGCCAGCGGCCCGGGUUGCAAGGAUUUCCAAGCCGCGGGCGGGCCCAUCGCGGCUGCAGUACACCACGUCGCCUCCGCACACCAGCAUCCUUCCAGCAGCACCAGCUGCGCGAGCGCCGCUGUUGCGCCCCUCCCGCCUAACUACUGUGCACCCGUCACCAGCACCUUCCGCCAGGAGCCCUCCGCCCCGCCGCUGCCAGCGCACCUGCACCUGCACGCGCAGCCCGCGCACACGACCCCCGCAGCGGCGGCCGCAUCGUCGACCCCCAUUCCAGCGAUCGCGCCCGGCAGCACCACCGGGGGCCGCGACGGCAGCUUCCUGUCCCUGUCCGUGACCACGCUGCUGGGCUGCUGCGAGAUGCUGGGGCACCACAUGGAGGACCGCUCCGACAUCGCCAGGCAGCAGGACAUGGCGCUGCUGGCGCGGCUGCAGGCGCUGGCGGGCGCCUCCGCCGCCACCCCCGGCGCCUCCACCUCCACGCCGCUGCGGGACGCCAGCCAGGCGCCGCUGUUCACGGUGGCGCCGCUGGACGUGCUGGUCACCCGGGACGACAGCGGCCGCAACCACUUCCACGUGAUUGAGAUCAACGGCACUGGCAUCAGCGGCCUGACCAACAUGAGCGAGGAGGCGGUGGAGGACGUGCUGCGCUCCUUCAGCGAGCUAGGCGCGCACCUGGCCUCCCAGCUUCCUCCGGGCGGCGACUGUGUGGUGCUGGUGGCCAGCAGCGGCACCGAGUCCUACCCGCCCGUCAGCCGCACGCUGCACGAGAAGGUGCUGUACAUCGAGGCGCUGCGGAGGGGCUUCGCGGCGGCGGGCCGGCCCGCCGCUAUCACCAACAUGACGCGGCUGGAGAAGCGGCCAGAGUCCAUGCCGCCGCCUGGCUCGGGGCCGCUGCUGGUGCUGGGCUACAUGAAGCAGUUCCGGGCGCACUUCAUGGCGGACGCCCCCACCGGCCGCCUGCUGCUGCUAGGGCGUCAGGUCCACGCCGCCAUCAACGACCGCUUUGUGCUCAACACCGUGUACCAAUUCAACCAUUGCCUGGACCUGGCCGCAUUCCGCGGCUUCAACGCAGGAUUCGCGGCGGGCGCGGACAAGGGUGUAGCCUACGAGCUGUACAACCAGUUCUUCGGCAGCGGCGCGGGCAGUGGCGGCCGCUUCGACUGCAUGGCGCCCUCCAUCCACUUCAGGCGCGCGCACACGCGUGACGAGCUGGUGUGCGCGGUGCAGCAGUGGCUGGCCACGCCCGGCUCGCGGCCGGCGGUGAUCAAGCCGCAGGGCACGGGGUGCGGCCACGGCAUUGAGUUCUUCUUCGGACCCAGCUCCUGGGAGGACACGGCGGCCAAGGUUGACCGCGCACUGCACGCGGUGGCCGCCAACUACAACCUGCAGUGCGGCGGUCUGCCCUUCACCGUGUGCGAGUACCUGGACACAGCCACGGUGCACCCCGCCGCGGCAGCCGGCACGCCCGCGCACGCCAACAAGGCGGGGCACAAGUUCGAGCUGCGCAUUGUUGUGUACCGCAGCGGCGGCGAGCUCCGCGCCUUCCCCUCCAUCGCCAAGGUUGCCCGUGAAGCGUUCGACCCGUCCAACCCCGACAACAAGAAGAGCCUCAUCAACAACAUCACCACCUCCGCCAAGGAGACCGCGCAGUGCGGCCAGGAGUUCCUGCUGCCGCUGUGCCGGCCCGACACGCUGGAGCUGCUGGGCAUCAGCCCCGCCGAGCUGUCGCAGCUGUGCGCCGCCUCCACCGCCUUCAUCCGCUUCACGCUGGACACGCUGCAGGACAACCCCGCCGCCUUCGGCCUGCCCGGCGCGGCGGAUGCGGACGCGGAUGCGGUGCAGUCAAGCGCCAUGAUGCAACAGUAAUGAUGUACGGAGCUGCCGGUGGCCCGUCCCGGUUCGGGAGCUUCGUUUGAAUGGCGCUGUGCCGGCUGCAGCGUUACCUGGUGCUGAGAGAGCACGCAUCUUUGCAACGCAGAAGUAAACAGACCCUGCUGGGCGGGGUAGCAUUUCGUGUGACCGCACUGCUUGUUAACGAGAGGUGUGCACUGCGAGUAACAACGCAGUCAACCCUGAACAAGGGCAAAGUCCGCAUGUGAGGUUCGGGUUUCUGCAGUUCGAAUAUGUUUGCUUGAUGUAGUUUGGUUUUGCGUUUGCUUGGUGCGAAGAUUUGGAUGGUGCCGUGUGUGCAUGCCGCUGAACGGCGUGCCACCGUCACACGGCAACGUACCGUUUGUGUACCGUAUGUUAUGCAUGGACUCGGUUCUGUGCGGCCGCAUCCAGUUACAGCUGCCCAUUUAUUACAGCCUUGACUCAUCUGAUGACUCAACUUGCGUACGUAAGGCACUGGGGCGCAAACGCACCCGCCCGCACACAAGGCAUGGUGUACGGUGUGCCUCGCUGUUGUGCCCAGCGCCAUGCAUACAUAUGACUUAUGACGGAUGCGAGGACCGUGUCUUGACAGGUUCGAGCCCCUGGGGUUUGUUGUGAUUUCCCGCGAAUGUACAUACACGGAGGCGUUGCCGCCACUGAUGGCAAGGACAGGCGCCCAGAGAGGAGAGGAGUAUGGCUACAAGGGAUGCAUUAUCCAAUGAGUGGAUGAAGAAGCAACAAUGGGACGCGCUCGCUGACUAGGCGAUCUCAAUGAUGUAAUUUUAGUAUGCC